AUGGCCUCAUUAUCUCCAGCUCUCAAAGAAAAUGUCAGAAAGGCCUACGACAACAUAGCUGUUGAGUACGGAGAAUGGACGAAACCUACCUAUCCUAUCCGCGUCGGAUAUCUCCAAAAACUGCUGGCAUACCUUCCCCCUUCACCAGUCGAAAAGUCCAUUCUCGAGUUAGGCUGUGGUUCAGGCCAACCUUGCACAGCCAUCCUUGCUUCUAAUCCUAGUCUGAAAGUCACAGCAAACGACAUCUCACCUAAGCAGCUUGAGCUUGCCGCGCAGCAUCUCCCAUCUAAAAAUGUGACUCUUGUUGAGGGAGAUAUGAUGGAGUUGUCGUUUGAAGACCACAGUUUGGACGCAGUGAUUGCAAUGUAUUCGAUCAUUCAUCUGCCGAGGGAGGAGCAAGUGACUCUAUUAAGAAGGAUACACAAGUGGCUGAAGCCUGGGGCAUUGUUUCUGGCGAAUUUUUCGGCAGGACCUGAAUUCGAGAGCGCGUUUGACAAGCAGUGGUUGGACGGGGCGGAUGGAGAGAUGUUCUGGAGUGGCUGGGGAGAGGAAAAGACUUGUGAGAUUCUGUCUUCAAUUGGAUUUGAGUUGCUUCUCAGAGAGGUUGUUGUUGAUAUCGAGGAAGAGAAAGGAGAAGAAAGGGAAGUUCCCUUUUUAUGGGUUCUGGGGAAGAAGGUCGAUAUUUGA